UGGGCGACUGGGGCCUGGAGAGGGGCAGAAUGGGAGGAGAAGAGCACGGAGAGGUUACGGAAGGCCAGAGUGCAAGGCCAUGUGGACCUCUAAACAGAGGAUGACAUGGUCCAGCCAACACUAUACAAAGGUCACUCUGCUGAGUUGAGGUUCAACUGUACAGAGUCCAGAGGUAGAUACAGGAGGACAAUUAGGAGGGUCCUACAGUAAUCUAGACAGAUGAUGGUGCCUUCUGUUCUAGAUAAAUUUCAAAGGUAGGAACUGGGAUGUGCUGACAGAUCAGAUGACCUGAACGCUUAGACGGACAGAGUGGCCCUUCACUGAGAAUGGGGAAAGCUGCAUUUGAAGUACAAGACGGCUCCAGCAUGUUCCUGGUGGUAGCGACCCAGGAUUGGGACCUGCAGAUGGGAAUGGUUUGCUCCUGGUUUGAUGCACGUGGCACAGAGGGGCCAGAACAAGAAGGGAGGGGUGCCGGAAAAUACUUGGCCGCGUUACUUUGUACCUCAAUUUAAAAAUGAAACAGAUCGGAACCUGGAUUCGGUCCCAAACUUCCUGGCUGGCCAGGCCAGUGUUCCCACCUUCUGGGAUGUUAGCAGAGACCUUCUUUAACAGGAUGAGGAAACAGAGGCCCAGCCAGGUUAAAUGACUCGUUCCAGUUUCCUCAGCGGUGAAAUGAGACUCUUCAUAGAACCUUUCUCACAAGGAUGCUGUGAGGAUUGGUGGAGAUACUUGGUGAGCAGGUGUCAUCAGUAGUUAGUAACCAGUUUUUGCAAAUGAAGCCAUCUGAGGCUGUUAUUGAAAUACUUACAUCAGGACCUACCCUGAACCUGCUGAAUCAAAACUUCUCUCUCCUGGUGAAAGGAGGAGGAGGGCACCCAGGCAUUUGGAAGAUGCUCACAGUGGCGGUGAGCGUGGCCCUUCUGGGCUGCCUGCAGGCCCAGCAGCCCCAGGGACAUGUUUCCGUAAUCCUGCUGGGAGCAACUGGAGACUUGGCCAAGAAGUACUUAUGGCAGGGGCUUUUCCAUCUCUACCUGGAUGAGGCAGGGAAGGGCCACCGUUUUAGCUUUCAUGGGGCUGCCCUGACGGCCCCCAAGCAGGGCCAAGAGCUCAUGGCCAAGGCCCUGGAAACCCUUUCCUGUCCCAAGGACGUGGCACCCAGUCACUGUGCUGAACGCAAAGAUCAGUUCCUGCAGCUGAGCCAGUACCGCCAGCUGAAGACGGCUGAGGACUACCGGGCUCUGAGCAAGGACAUUGAGGCACAGAUCCAGCACGAAGGCCUCCAGGAGGCUGGCAGGAUUUUCUACUUCUCUGUGCCACCCUUCGCCUAUGUAGACAUUGCCCGUAAUAUCAACAGCAGCUGCCGCCCAGGCCCAGGCGCCUGGCUGCGCGUGGUCCUUGAGAAACCCUUUGGCCAUGACCACCACUCAGCCCAGCAGCUAGCCACAGAGCUCGGGAGCUUUUUCCAGGAGGAGGAGAUGUACCGGGUGGACCAUUACCUGGGCAAGCAGGCCGUGGCUCAGAUCCUGCCUUUCCGAGACCAGAACCGCAAGGCCUUGGACAGCCUCUGGAACCGGCACCACGUGGAGCGGGUGGAGAUCGUUGUGAAGGAGAGUGUGGACGCAGCAGGUCGCACCAGCUUCUACGAGGAGUAUGGCGUCAUUCGAGACAUCCUCCAGAACCACCUGACCGAGGUCCUCACCCUGGUGGCCAUGGAGCUGCCACACAACGUCAGCAGCGCGGAGGCCGUGCUGCAGCACAAGCUUCAGGUCUUCCAGGCGCUGCAGGGCCUGCAGAAGGGCAGUGCCGUCGUGGGCCAGUACCAGGCUUACAGUGAGCAGGUGCGCAGAGAGCUGCAGAAGCCAGACAGCUUCCACAGCCUGACGCCAACCUUUGCAGGCAUCCUGGUCCACAUCGACAACCUUCGCUGGGAGGGUGUUCCUUUCAUCCUGAUGUCUGGCAAAGCCUUGGACGAGAGAGUGGGCUACGUCCGGGUCUUGUUCAAGAACCAGGCACAUUGUGUACAGAGCGAAAGGCGCUGGCUUGAGGCACAGAGCCAGUGCCUGCCCCGGCAGGUGGUCUUCCACAUCGGGCAUGGUGACCUGGGUGGCCCCGCUGUGCUGGUCAGCCGGAACCUGUUCAGGCCCUUCCUACCCUCCAAGAGCUGGACGGAAAUGGAAGACCAGCCUGGGCUCCGCCUUUUUGGCCGUCCUCUGUCUGAUUACUAUGCCUACAGCCCCGUGAGGGAGCAGGACGCCUACUCCAUCCUCCUGUCACACAUCUUCCACUGCCGAAAGGACUCCUUCAUCACCACGGAGAACUUACUGGCCUCCUGGGUCUUCUGGACCCCUGUGCUGGACAGCCUGGCCCAUGAGGUCCCGCGCCUCUACCCGGGAGGGGCUGAGAAUGGCCAUCUGUUGGACUUUGAAUUCAGUGGCAGCCAGUUGUUCUUUUCCCAGCAGCAGCUGGAGCAGCUGGUACCUGGGCCAGGCUCUGCCCCAGUGCCCAGUGACUUCCAGGUCCUCAGGGCCAAGUACCGAGAAAGCCCACUGAUUUCGGCCUGGCCUGAAGAACUGAUUUCUAAACUGGCCGCUGACAUCGAGGCCACGGCCAUGCGGGCCGUGCAGCACUUCGGCAAGUUCCACCUGGCGCUCUCAGGCGGCUCCAGUCCCGUGGCCCUGUUCCAGCAGCUGGCCAUGGGGCACUAUGGCUUCCCCUGGGCCCACACACAUCUGUGGCUGGUUGAUGAGCGCUGCGUCCCACUCUCAGACCCAGAGUCCAACUUCCACGGCCUGCAGGCUCACCUGCUGCAGCAUGUCAGGGUUCCCUACUACAACAUCCACCCCAUGCCUGUGCAGCUGCGCCAGCGGCUCUGCGCCGAGGAGGACCAGGGCACCCAGAUCUAUGCCAGCGAGAUCUCAGCCCUGGUGACCAACAACAGCUUCGACCUGGUGCUGCUGGGCAUGGGCACCGACGGGCACACGGCCUCACUCUUCCCACAGUCGCCCACCGGCCUGGAUGGGGAGCAGCUGGUGGUGCUGACCAAGAGCCCCUUCCGGCCACACCUCCGCAUGAGCCUCAGCCUGCCCCUCAUCAACCGUGCCAAGAAGGUGGCAGUCCUGGUCAUGGGCAGGAUGAAGCGCGAGAUCACCCUCCUGGUGAGCCGCGUGGGCCGUGAGCCCAAGAAGUGGCCCAUCUCGGGCGUACUGCCCAGUUCUGGCCAGCUGGUUUGGUACAUGGAUUACGAGGCAUUCCUGGGAUGAUGUGACUUUUUCCUUUGCCCACUCCACUCCUGAACUUUCCUCCCCUAGCCUUGUUCCUGCCCUCCUAGCCCCACCACCUGCCCAGUGUGCCCUGGCUCUCUGGGAUCUGAGGCCUCACAGUCAGGCUCCAGAGAGGGCAGGGCAGGGCAGUGUCCUGGCCCAGUGCCUUUGUCAGUCACCAUGUCUAGCUGUGGUGGGUAGGUGCAGAAACAAGGGAGACGCUUCAAAUCCGGGUCAGGAGAGAGCCCUGAAAAAAGGCCCACAGUAGUCACACAUUGAUGUCAACCAAAAUAGAAUGAUGUGAGCUCCCAGGUUCACGGAAGGAAUAAGGGCUAAGCUUAAUCAGGGAGUUUCCCAGAGGAGGUUAUCCUUGAACUGGCGCCCAUGGAAAGGAAGAGUAUGAUUGGUAGAGAGAAGGAUGCAAAGGCCCCCAUGCGGGGGGGGGGGGGGGCCGCAGGCUGUGCAAAGCAGGGAUGCUUGGGACCUUUGUGAGAACUCAAGUAGGUCAGGCCCUUGCUUCCUUCAGAAGUCCCUCCUCCCAGAGCCUCUGCAGUCAGCCUCUGACCGUACCUCUUCUCUGGGGCCUCCACCUGUUCCCCAUCUCUGGCUCGCUCUCUCCCUUCCAUCCUGACUGUGCCAUGGGUAUUCCCAGUCCUCUCCCUGCUAUUUUGGGUUCCUCGGAUUUGUAGAGAGACGAGGGGUGAUAAAAGAAUACAGCAGCAAAUACUAGUCAGAAGUUUCCAGAAAUCCUACAGCUGUUGUUUGGAGGUUCCUUUCUCAGUUGCUGAACUGCUCUGCCAGAGAAGGCGGGUCCAGCUCCCCAGCUUCCCUGGGGAGGACCCCUGCCCUCCUUCCUCUCUCUGUUCUCCUUCCCUGGGGCACUUUGGGUCUAGAUGGUCAGGGCCAUUCAAGGGAUCCCUAAUUUAAGAGGGCCAUUGACACCUCAGGGGAUUCCCAGGAGGUUAUCUCCUCUCUCUGCAGCUACCAGUUAAAUCAUUUACUGAUGGCAGAGUCAUGUGCCUUGAGUGACACAGGGCCCUCCAGGUAGUGGCGAUCCAACCACACAGGACCUGGACCCAGACUUCUGGGGGCAGGGUGGCAGCCUUAGUUGGUGGUUUACAGGGCUGCAGCCAGCCUUCUUCACCCUGUCUCUUGGUGGCCCUGUGACCUCUGCCACCUCUCAGCUUCUCCACCAGCAGCACCACCAGGGGGAAUGAAUAGGCAGCUUCUCAGCAAGCACAGGUUAAAGCAGUGGAAUCUCUGCUCUUCAGAAGCCACGGGCCAGUAAUACCUGUUUUUCUGAAACCCUGGAGAAGGAAUUUGAAAUUCUUUUAAAAAACAACAAAAAGCAGGCUGGGUAGGUGGCUUGGGCCUGUAGUAUUAGCCCUCUGGGAGGCUGAGGUGGGAGGAUCCCUUGAGCCCAGCAGUUUGAGGUUGCUGUGAACUAGGAUGACACCCCUGCACUUCAGACAAGGCAACAGGGUGAGACUGUCUCAACAACAAACAACAAAAAGCAAAAUUCUCAGGUCACAUGUAAUUUUGUUUGUUCAACUUCCCAUAUAGUUAUGUACCCCAGAUGCGUCCCUGAAGGGUUAAGGCAGGUUUUUCUGUGUGACUUCCCCCAUUGUAAAGUCACACUGUGUGUCAGGCAAACACAAAGUUUCAUGUCCUGCAGAAUUCUCCAGGAAAGGGCUUUCAUUCUGCAAGGAGGAGUAUCACGAAGUCUGUUCCUUCACUUUGGACUGUUUACACUUUCUUCAAGGCUCUGGAUUUGACAGAAUCCAGCUUGCAUUUGAGAUGUGUGCCUGUGGGGUGAUUCCAGAGCCUCCGGCCCACGCAGGAUAGACUUUGAUCCCAGCCAGACGGAGCAUCUCUCUUUAUACCCGGAGCGCUGCCCUUAGUGGAACAGAACCACGGUGCCAGGGCCCAGAAACCUCCCUUUUCUGUCCAGCGCUAACCCUCUGGUCUGCGGGCUGGGCCGGUGCUCGGGGCGAUGCAGGUGCUUGCGGGUGCCUGCCGCAUGGGGGAGCCCUUGCGCCGUCCCCGCAGCCUCCCCUGGCGGCAGUUUCCGGCGCCGUAUUUCUUUGCAUUUCCAUGAUCUGUCUCCCUGGGUGCCUGGCACAGCACUCCCCAUCCGUUCUUAAGGAGCUGAGUGCUCUGUGGUUGCAACACCGGAGAGAAAGGGCCUUCACAUGCCCGAAUAUCCCUCCAGGAUCAAGGGUGAGCAGGCUCCUGAUGUCACCCUUUCUGAAUAAUAGUGAGUCACAGCCAGGCCUGGGUCUAGAAUGUCCUGUUCUUACCCAGAGGAAUGACUAGUCUCCCAGUGUACCAUUUAUCUGUCUGUGCAGAGCGUGUGUAUGGGAGAGGGGUUGGGGCUAGAUGCCAAAGAGUCCCUUUCCAGGCUCAUUUCCCUCUUAAGAUGACUUUGGGGAAGUUGGAGCUGUGUUCCUCUGCUCCCACCUGCCCCCUUUCCCUGCACCCUCUAAUAGGAGGGAGCCUCAGCAGAACCAGAUGCCCCCAGGCUGGGGGUUCCCACACUUUUCAGAUCAUGAUCCACAAGGAAAUGUUUUCUGUCAUGCCUCAGUCCCACUUGUACAUAAAUCUCUGUCUUGAGAAAGUUUUAUAAAGAAUUUCUUACCCAGAGGACCUGAGGUACCCUCUGCUUUCUAGUUUUCCUUUUUUAAAAAUGCUGCUUGUAAUUCACUGAAGUGAUUUGAUACAGAGUUUGCAAAAUGCUGCUCUAAUCCCACUUUCUACCCAGUUCUGAAGGGAGGAUCUGUGCUCUGCUCCCACAGGGAAGGACUGGUCUCUGGACCCUCAGGGCACCACAGGCCUGUGCCCAGGCAGGCAGAGUGCGAGGGGCGUGCUCUUCACAGAGGGGCUGGGGCCAGACACUGUGCAGCAGGGUCUCAUGUGAUCUCCCACAGCCCUGCAAGGUGAGCAGUAGGGUCCUGAUUAACUGAUGAGUUUGAACCUGAACUCAGUUUAGGGGGACUGCAGUGUAGAGACGACAGGAGCUGCCCGCUUGGAACCCAUGUCUUUGGUAUCCCAGAGCUAUGUUCCUAGACACCUGCCAGCGGCCUUCCCUAGAGUCCAGGUUCCUGUUGGGACGGCGAUUCCAGUGUGAGGAGCCCACGUGUGUACUUGGGGGCCUAUGGGAGACAGGCGUCGCAUCUCUAGAGCAAGCCAUCCCACCAUUUGGGGCUGAGAAAGAUGCAAGGGGCUCCCCAGGCUGUUGUAGGCUGGACUCUGUUUCCUCAUCUGGGGGCACAGUUUUCUGCUGAUUGCAAGUUGAAAUAGUCUCAUCUUGUUACUGUUCCCUGCUGCACGUUUCUCUCCUGACAUGCUUUAUUCCCACCGCUGGGCCCCCAAAUUAGCAGCAUAAUCAACGCAUCCUACCAUUUGCCCUGAUGCCCCAGAAUACAAUGUAUUCUCUGGAGGGUUUUCUUUCCAAAUAGGCAGCAGUCGUCUCUCUGGUGUGUGGGGGUCCCCGCUGCCUUGCCUGGUGCCAUUCUUGUCCUGGUUCUCACAGAGCCCAGGAGGGGAGCAGGGAGCAUGUGAUGGAGCAGAAAGGCAGAAGGUUCCACCAGGGGCUGUUUCUGAGCAUUUAGUUUUCAGGAACAAAAAUUUUUUUCCCUGUAGGAUAUACAUUGCCUCACGUAAGCGGUUUCACCCAGCUGUAUUGUUAUCUCCCGUGGAUGGGGCUCCCCUAGACCUCAGUCCAUGGGUACAAAGCUACUUGGCAGCACCCCAGCAUCAGAGAAUGGACAAAGCCCAGGAAGGCCAGUGGUGAGGGGGACCAGGUGGCUGUGGUAGCAGGCCACCAUUCCCACCUGUCCACCCCGCAAAUGAGCCCUGGCGGGGAGAGGGCCUCAGAAGUUCUGUUGCCUUCAAAUGUCUGGGGCCAGAUGACGCAUGGGGGCCAUUCACCCCUGUCAUCCCCUCCGGGGAGAUGGAGGAGCAUCAGCCUCAGCGCAUUCCCUACUCCACUCUGAGCACCACCAGCCACUCUGAGGCCCUCACACUUGGAGAGGUGCUAAUCGCAUUGUUCAAGUGACAUUUCCAUGGGGAGGAAGGCAGUUCCUCCACCUUGCCAGGCUGUGGCAGCUGCUCAGCACCCGAGGGAGCACAGUGACCGAGACCGUCUUGGCGGCACUGCUCUGCCCUCCACACUCUGAGCGUUUCAGUUGCAGUUGCUUGAUGAGGGUUUACGCUGGACACUAGCAUGUCCUUUGAUUCUCUUUGCUGCGUACUGUGUAGCCUCCAUAUAAACUCCCCAUCCUGCCCUUUCUGCCCUGCCCCCCAUUUAUAUCAGUCUUCCCUGCAAACUAUGUCUUCACCCAGGUCAAGAGAGCGGGAGCCCAGUCCGUGUGUGUUCCUGAGGAUUCACGGUAGCAGAGUGAGCAUGGAGCCUCUGCAGCUUGGAGUUGGGUGUGAGUGAGAAACUGAGGCUCCCUCAGCUUUUUGCUGAGCAAGGUGUAAACUCAGGCUAUCACCAGCACAAGACAGGGUUCUUUCUGAAACUGCAGCCAGCCGUGGGAAAAUGGGCCCUUGGAUGAAACUUCCCCUCCAGCCAACUUGCAAGUCAGUGGAGAUGUGUGUCUGUGUGUGACCCGCGUGCAGGGAGGGGAGAUUAGGAGCAUUGGAUUAAUUACAUUUCUCCCUAUCCUUUGAUUUCCCAGGAUGAUCUCAUUUCGAACUGUUGCCUUGCUUUCAGGUAUCUUAAAGGCAGUCUCUGCAUCUUUUGUGUCCCUUGCUAAGAGCUGUAGGGAAUGUGUGUGAAUGGCCAGUAGUUAGCUUUGACAGUGUAAAGUUUUUUGGUCCUUAGCUUUACCCAGUUUUAGGAGGUGCAUGAGCACAGGAGAAGAGGAUCCUGGAUUAAUUUGCCAGCAGUCAAGACCUUAGUUUGCCUCUAUGUACAGCCUGCCCCCCCACUUCUGUCCACCCCGAAGAGCUGGCUAAUAGCAGACCCCAGGGGCAGAGCCUCUUCUGGGUCCUGGGAGCCUGUUCCCGCCUGUGCCUGGGUGAAAGCCAUGAUUCCAGCCGGGAAGGUCAAGUUGGAACAGUGUGGAGAGGCUGUUGCCACAGCAGGACUGGACAGGGACGGGGCUUUGUGCAUCUGGAUCCGGGUCCUACGCUCCCUGCCCUGGCCUGCAAAGUUGGGGUCUGGGCUUCUGCCAGGUAGGGAGAAGAGGGACUGUUCCCUGUGGGUGAGGAGACAGGAGCAUGAGCCAUUCGCCACUGAGCAGCAAGAAUGUGCCACCCUUUCAUGCAGUGAGGGAACCGACCACUGGUUUGUAUGGAAACACUGGAAACUUAGAGGUGCUUGAGAUGAUGAGACACAUUCACAAGUGCCUUUUGGAAAGGUUUUUAAAAUGCCUUUUUGUAUGUGAAAUGUAACGUUUAUUUUCUAAACAAUCAAAUUGUUUUGCCAAAA